CAUUGCGGACAAUUGUAGGUUCAAAAAUGGCGGGAGAUGAUAGUGUAGAGGCUAUGGAAACUGAAAGUUUGCCGUCUACGAGCAAUCAGAAUGGGAAAACUAAGGAGAAAGAUAAUAAGUUCUUGAAUUUGCCAUGGGUUGAAAAAUACAGGCCGCAAACGUUUUCAGACAUUGUUGGUAACGAGGAUACAGUGUCUAGAUUAGCUGUUUUUGCUCAACAUGGAAAUACUCCAAAUAUUAUUAUUGCUGGACCACCUGGUGUAGGCAAAACCACUACAAUUUUGUGUCUGGCACGCAUUCUUUUGGGACCUGCAUUCAAGGAAGCGGUACUUGAACUGAACGCUUCAAAUGAGAGAGGAAUAGAUGUGGUCAGAAAUAAAAUCAAAAUGUUUGCUCAAAAAAAGGUAAUUCUUCCAAAAGGAAAGCACAAAAUCAUAAUCUUAGACGAGGCAGAUAGUAUGACAGAUGGUGCGCAGCAAGCGUUACGUCGUACAAUGGAGAUUUACAGUCAUACCACUAGAUUUGCCCUUGCGUGUAACAACACAGAGGAGAUUAUCGAGCCUAUACAAUCGCGUUGCGCUAUGUUGAGAUAUGGAAAACUAACAGAUGCCCAAAUAAUGGCAAAAGUUCUCGAAGUCUGCCAGAAAGAAGAUAUUUCCUACACAGAGGAUGGAAUAGAAGCGAUAAUAUUCACAGCUCAAGGGGACAUGAGACAAGCCUUGAAUAAUUUACAGUCUACGUAUAACGGUUUCAAUCACGUGAAUGCUGAAAAUGUAUUUAAAGUUUGCGACGAACCGCAUCCUUUGGUUGUUAGAGACAUGUUGAGUCAUUGCAUAAAAGGAAAUGUUUCCGAAGCGUGCACGGUAAUGGACCAUUUCUGGAAACUGGGAUAUUCCGCGGAAGACAUAAUCAGUACCGUAUUCAGAGUGUGCAAAACUUACACCAUGGAUGAAAAGUUGAAACUGCAAUUUGUUAAGGAAAUUGGUAUAACACACAUGGGAGUGGUGGAAGGUAUUAACAGUUUGUUACAGUUGCACGCUCUGGUGGCACGACUUUGUCGCACGAGUGCGUCCGGAUAAUAUGUAUAUGAAAAAUUGGAUAUUAUGAUGUUAAAUGUGGUCUCGGCUUCGGUGACGGCCAUCGCAGCGCGCUCUGACACGAUUCAGCUCUCGAGGGCGUUCUCGGGGGUGGCU